AUGGCUGAAAACAAUGCUUUUAGAGGCCGACCCACCGAGGAUCCUAACAAGCAUCUCACUAAAUUCAUCCAGAUCUGCAACACGACGAAGAUAAAUGGAGUCACAGAUGAACAGCUCAGAUUAAGGGUGUUCCCUUUUUCUCUGGAGAAUGAUGCCAAGGAUUGGCUGGAUAGUAUGGAGCCCAACUACAUUCGCACGUGGGAGGCCAUGGUUGAGAAGUUCUUAGAAAAAUACUACCCACCGAGUGAGGCAUUGAAGAGGCAGUCAGAAAUCAUUUCGUUUGAGAUGACUCCCCAAGAGAGUAUCCGAGGAGCUUGGGAAAGAUUCAAGGGGCUGAUGAAGAGGUGCCCCAAUCAUGGGCUGAAUCCGACGCAUCAAGUCCUAGCAUUCUAUAAGGGGUGUCUGCCUGAAGCAAAGCGCGAACUGAACUUGAGCGUAGGGGGGUCAUUGCUAAAGAAGGGAGAAGCAGAGGCCAUGGAGGUGAUUGAGAGAGUGACCUCUAAUGAUGAAGGCUGGAACAACGAGAUGAGCAACAUACACAGAGUAGCCUCUGCCGCAGAGAGCAGCCAUAUGGACAGCAUGUAUAAACAAAUGGAGCUCCUCCACAAGAAGAUAGAUCUCAUGGGGAUGGGACCGGCUAUACAGGAGCAGAAAGAGGGUGUAGAGGAUGUUAGCUACAUACACCAAGGGGGCAAUAGAUACUAUAACAACUCCCGCCCCAAUCAAGGGGGUGGAGGUUACAAUCAUUUUGGGAAUAUGGCGCAUCCUAACCUAUCAUAUGGGAACCCCAACAAUGCCCUUCAACCACCACCGGGGUUCACAGUUUCUCAAGGAAUGAUCACUGAGCCGCAUAACAAAAGUUCAGAGGACAUAUUGAAUGCAUUCAUGAUUCAGUCACACAAGAACAUGGAGCAUACUAAUCAAAGGCUAGAGAAAGUUGAGAAUAAUAUGCAUGGCAUGGCAGGACAUAUGAAGAGCCUGGAGACGCAGAUGAGUCAGAUUGCCCAAGCCGUGGGACAAUUACAUCAAUCGGGGCAAUUCCCAAGCACUAUAGUUCCAAAUCCAAAAGACUGCAAGGCAAUCUACUUAAGGAGUGGGACAAGCUAUGAGAGUCCUCCUAUGCCCGAGGUGGAAGCUAAAGAAGUACCCGAAGAGAAAGAAGAAGAGGAGAUUAAGAUGGAAGCACCUCUUAUGCAGUCUGAGGUUCAACCCGAGACAAUUGCUCCUCCCACGCCACAAAAGGUUAAAAUUCCUUUUCCUCAAGUGGUGCAAAAGAAGAAGUUGGAUGAGAAGCUUGUUAAGUUCCUUGAGAUCUUCAAGAGAGUGCACCUCAAUAUUCCUCUUAUUGAGGCUCUCCAACAAAUGCCCGGCUACCUCAAGUUUUUGAAAGAGAUUGUGUCCAAGAAGAAGAGGUUGGUUGAUUAUGAAACCGUAAACUUGACCGAGAAUUGUAGUGCAAUCAUCCAAGAAAAGAUGCCGGCAAAGAUGAAUGAUCCGGGGAGCUUUAACAUUUCUUGUGUGAUCGGGAAUGAUAGGCAAACUAAGGCCUUGUGUGACUUAGGGGCAAGCAUAAAUCUCAUGCCUUUAAGCUUCUUCCGAAAGUUGAAAUUUGGUGUCUUGAAGCCAACUACAUUUACCCUUCAAAUGGCGGAUAAAUCCGAAUGGACUCCUUGA